GUGAAAAGGCCCCGACGCGGUCGCUCUUUCUCUCCCCCUCAUCUCAGUGACGUUUUCCAUCCUAGCCCAUUUGGGAAGUUUGCUACGACCGACCAUGAGCGAGAAAGCACGUCUAAAAUGUACCGUCUACGUGGGGGGUCUUGACCAGGCCGUGACAAUGCAGACGCUGGCCGAGGCAUUCGUUCCCUUUGGUGAAGUGGUUGAUAUUACGCUCCCCAAACCCGAUCUCCCGAACUCCAACGAGCUCCACCGCGGUUUUGGAUAUGUGGAGUUUGAUCUGCCCGAAGAUGCGAAAGAGGCGAUCGACAACAUGGAUGGAAGCGAACUAUAUGGCCGGACAAUCAAGGUUGCUGCUGCUAAGCCGCAGAAGGACAGCAACGAAGGACUCGGCAGCAAGACGGCUAUCUGGGAACAGGAGGGGUACUUGGCCAAAUAUGCCGUCGAUGAGGAAGACAAAUUGGCUGCCGAGGGAGGCGAGACCGACGGAGCCGAACGUCAAGAUCCCAUGCAAGGACUCGAGGAACUGGACGUGGCCGGACCCAAGCCGGAAUGAGCUCUACGAUAAUCCACUCACGCCAGGGGAAACUGGCGCAACGAAGAAAAAGAUAAGCCAAGAAGCGGGCGACAGUAAUAUUGCGAUAUUACACCAUCAGGAACCCUUCGUUUAAAGCCGUACUAUUUACACGCGCUCCAACCCUGAGCCUGAGAAUUUUCGAGCAUUCCAUUCUUAACUCUG